AGCCAUCUGGCAACACUGUAGGAAAGGAAAUUAACAUGGCGACUUGUGCGGUAAAUUGGCUAGUCGCGUUUUAUCGAGGUGCUUUUACUGCGAUCACAUAACACACGGUGUGGUAUUGUGAAUGUACGGUGACGUCGCGUGUUGCGUGUUAUACAACAAACCGGUGGCUUAGUAUUUAUCUGUGCAGCUGCAAAGACGAGUUGAAAACGUAUUUAACACAGUCAGUGUCCUUUGCACGUGUUGUCUGUGACCGCAGCAACCGCGACCGACCGAUAACGCGAACCCGACCCUAACAAUGUCGGUCAGUUACGCCAGAAUGAAGUCGUGUCACGAGGUGUCGUCGUCACCUGCAUCGCGAACAUCGUCACCCACGUCACCUGUGUCACCUCCUACAUCACUCACAUCAACAACCAUGUCGAGUAACGCACCCAGACGCGCCGGCGACGAGGAGGACUGGCGGAUGCCGCUGGCAUUCUGCAAGCCUCGUCACAACGCCACAAUUGAAUAUGUCAAUUGUAUCAAUCAGACUUGGCGAAUGAAGGAACGGAUGAAGACAGUGAGCGUUGCUCUGGUGUUGUGCCUAAAUGUUGGCGUUGACCCUCCAGAUAUCGUCAAGACUCAACCAUGUGCUCGCCUUGAAUGCUGGAUAGAUCCUUUGUUGGUGAGUCCCCAAAAAGCUCUUGAGACUAUAGGCUCAAAUUUGCAAAAGCAAUACGAACGAUGGCAGCCAAGAGCACGCUAUAAACAAAGUUUAGAUCCAACCGUUGAAGAAGUUAAAAAAUUAUGUACGUCUUUAAGGCGAAAUGCCAAAGAGGAGAGAGUGUUGUUUCACUAUAAUGGUCACGGUGUACCUAAACCUACUACUAAUGGUGAAAUAUGGGUGUUUAAUAGGACAUAUACACAAUACAUUCCAUUGUCGGUGUACGACCUGCAGACUUGGAUGGGCGCGCCUAGUAUUUACGUAUACGAUUGUUCUAAUGCGGGUAUUAUAGUAGAAUCUUUCCAGCAAUUUGCCGAACAGCAUGAAAAGGAAUACGAGAUGGAAAAACAGCAAAAUCGCGCAACCGGAGUCACAAGUCCUGUGACACCAUGUUAUAAAAAUUGUAUUCAAUUAGCAGCAUGUGCGGCUAAUCAGAUUUUACCUAUGAACCCGAAUCUACCUGCAGAUAUAUUUACAUCAUGUCUUACAACACCCAUAAAAAUUGCAAUACGCUGGUUUGCAAUGCAACCUACAUCCAAAUUGGUUCCUAACAUAUCGCUUGAUGUUAUUGACAAAAUUCCUGGGCAAUUGACUGAUAGAAGAACGAUGUUAGGGGAGCUGAAUUGGAUAUUUACCGCUAUUACCGAUACGAUAGCGUGGAAUACCUUACCUAGAGAUUUGUUUCAAAGAUUAUUUAGACAAGAUCUAUUAGUUGCUAGUCUCUUCAGAAAUUUUUUGCUAGCGGAGAGGAUACUUCGUUCUUACGAUUGUACGCCAGUUUCAUCCCCAAAAUUACCACCGACUUAUCAGCAUCGUAUGUGGCAAGCUUGGGACAUGGCACUUGACUUAUGCCUGGCGCAAUUACCAGCAGUUUUAGAAAACGAAGAUCGAUACGUACAUUCAUCAUUCUUUGAAGAUCAACUUACAGCUUUCCAAGUAUGGCUUAGCUUAGGAUCAAAAAACCGCAGUCCACCCGAACAGCUUCCAAUUGUUCUCCAAGUGCUAUUGAGUCAAGUUCAUAGGCUAAGGGCUCUAGAGCUGUUGGGGCGUUUUCUUGACCUUGGUCCGUGGGCUGUGAAUCUAGCACUUAGCGUUGGCAUUUUUCCAUAUGUUUUAAAACUAUUGCAAAGCAACGCCAGAGAACUUCGGCCCUUGCUGGUUUUUAUAUGGGCAAAGAUUCUAGCAGUGGAUAAUACUUGUCAAGCAGACCUUGUGCGUGAUGGCGGUCAUAAAUACUUCUUGUCUGUAUUGCAAGACACUUCUAUUCCGAGUGAACACAGAACAUUAGCUGCAUUUGUAUUAGCCAGUAUUGUGAAUGAUUAUCGGCCAGGACAAGUGGCCGCAAAUCAGGGCAGUCUUGUUUCAAUAUGUUUGGAGCAAUUAGGAGACUCAAAUUCUUUGUUACGACAAUGGCUUUGUUUGUGUCUGGCGCGGCUUUGGCAUAAUUUUGAUAAAGCGAGAUGGUGUGGUGUCAGGGACAUUGCUCAUGAAAAACUGUUUACCUUAUUAAAGGAUCCCGUACCAGAGGUCCGAGCAGCUAGUGUGUACGCAUUAGGCACAUUUAUAAACAGCGUUACGACAAGGAGCGAGCAUGCGAAUAAUAUUGACCAAAUUAUUGCUAUGACACUUAUUAAUACAGUUUCUUACGAUAUGUGCCCAUUGGUUAGAAAGGAAUUAGUUGUGGCUCUUCAAUGGAUGGUGUUACAUUUCGAAAAUUCCUUUGUUACGCUAGCCAUGGCCGAAGAGAACAGUCGAAAGGAUCUUAUCGUAGAAACUCUGUCCCCAUUCAGUGGUAUGAGGCGCAUUAGUUCGCGCGAUAGAUUGAAGAUGUUAUCUCCGAACAAUACGUAUGCUGUAGAUAUGAUCGAUGGGUUUGGAUCGCAGGAUCGCAUCAAAAGAGUCUCAUCUUCGUCGUCUAUUAGUAGUCUAGGUAAUAAUUGGGAGUUCGUGAGGAAACCUUGCGAGUCACUUGUUUUCGUCAUAGGUCAUGGUUCUCUUGGAAACUUACCGAGUCUUUCCUAUGGAAGUGUAUAUAUGAAAUUAUGGCAUGGAUUGUGUAAUCUCGACGAUGAUCCUCAUCCAGUGGUCGGUGCUAUGUCUCAGAAAGUCACCAAUCAUAUUCGUAAUAAGGUGAAGGCAUCUUCCACUCCUAAAGAAGUAGUUGAAACAAAAAUUUCUUCGUCAUUAUCUCUUCCGCCGUCUCCAUCGAAUCGGAUUGGUUAUUUAAGCAAAGGAGAGUCAUCACCGCCAGCUGUCAAUUCUGGAACAGAUUUGUUACGUUCUUCGAGAGUUCUGUCGCACGGUAGUCGUUCGAGAAAACCUGUUCCUAAUACAAUAUCUGAAGAGGCUGACGAAGUGCCUGGAACUAAGACUCUAUUGACUACUUCUCAAUUUGUGGAAUGGAGUUGCGCGCAAUUUGCACAACCUGUUAGUUUAGAGGACGAAAUGGACGAUCUAGAGAGCAGGCCGUAUCUUGAACGAGAAUGGCGAUUUAUACGUAAUGCGAAACAAAGACAAGACACAAGGGAGGAACAAUUGCGCGCGCCGCAAAGUAAGAUAGAAUCGCAGGUGUAUCACGCGAGGUGUUCUCAAUCACCUCAAGUUCUCGUUUUUCAUCCGUUCGAGCCACAUUUGGCCGUGGCAUUGAAAGAUUGUUUCGGCAUAUGGGAUUAUCAGAGUGGCACAAAGUUGACUUAUUUCACGAAUCACGGAAACAAAAUAAAAUCGCGCAUCACAGCACUCGAGUUCAUUAACUCUCACGAUUUGACUCUACUGAUGGCAGGCUCUGACGACGGUUCCGUACAAAUCUGGAAGAAUUAUAGUGGUACAAUAAGCCGUGAUCCGAUUCUACUUACAGCUUGGCAGGCGUUAGCAGACGUACAACCCGCGACUAAGACUUCUAGUGUAACGGCACGACUCAUUACAAAAUGGGAGCAGAAAUCGCUCACUCUAGCAGUAACGGGCGACGUUCGCAUUGUAAGACUCUGGGAUGUGGAAACUGAAUUAAAGAAACAAGAUAUUCCAACGGGCGCUGAUUGUUGUACCACGUGUAUUGACGUUGACGGCACAGGUGCAAUAAUGGCGUUGGGUUGCGGUGAUGGGUCAGUCAGACUCUUGGAUCGAAGAUUGCCUCCGGCAGAAGCGAGAAUUAUGACCUGGAGAGAACAUACCGGUUGGGUAUUAGGCACAUUUUUAAAGCAAUUUGAUGGAUCCGCACAACAACUAUUGACUGGAUCUUCUACAGGCGAUAUAAGAAUUUUUGAUCUUAGAAAAAAUUCUUCUGUGAGCACGAUUCAAGUACCACCGAGCAUCGCGGCGUUGGCUGUGCACGAGAUAGCUGACAUUUUUGCUUGUGGCACCACGAAUCAUUGUAUUAGUGUUUGCAAUACAUCGGGACAACACCUCAAUACGAUAAAAUUUCAUGAAGGAUUUAUGGGUACACGUCUUAGUCCGGUAAGCUGUCUGAGUUUCCAUCCAUACCGAGUGGCUUUGGCGGCCGGUUUUGUGGACAGUACUUUCACGGUGUAUGAGACACGCAGAUGACUAUUAGAGAUAGAACUCGUGUAAAAUUUCUGUAGAAUUUUGUAAAUUUAUAAAAGCGCCUGCACAUUUUUAUUUGCGUUUGCCCUUGUGCGUUGUAAUAUUAUCGAUGAAAUUAUAGCUUUUUUGCUUCUCCCUGAUGUUUCUGCGGGAGAAUUACGAAAAUAAUUCCUGUGAUGAUCAUAAAGCAGCCUUCCUUCCUUCUAUUUUUUUGUGCUAGAAAAAUCGACGCUCUGUCCGCUAUUUCACAAAGGAUGGAAAGAAAACAUUAAUUGUAGCUUUUGUGUGAUAAAAUAAGAAUGAGGUUUUUUUAAUCAAAGUAUUUCGAGGCGACCAAAGAAUAAUGUACGAUUGACUAUCGCAUGACUCUUAUGCAUAAGAUAGGCAACUGUUGACGGAAUUUUGGUGUCCCGGAAAAUGCUGAUGCGUAAUAAUAUAUAUGUGCAUUGUGAUAAAAGAUUAAUGCGAGUUUAUGUAAAAACGAGAAAAAAA